GUUUGACCAUAUCUCUUCGAGAGCGGAUGAGGCUGAAACACGAGACGAGUGGACUGAAUUCUGAUACUUGCACAGUCAGCCUUGCACGCCCGGUGAUCUCGCGUUUCCUCUUUCGGCACGAUAGCAAGGAACAUGGCGGCAAGCGAGGCGACGGCCGGAUCUGGAGACGAGCGAAAGAUAACGUGCUGCGCGGCUUUGUUCCUCUCUUCUCUUCGUUCGCGUGCGAUGACGAGGGAUCUACGGAUUCGUGUUGGUGGAAUCCUCGACGGGGUCGUCGUCAAAUUCUUGCUGAUCAACACGGUGGCCGUGUAUUCCAACCUGCUUCUGCGCAGCUGCGCAGCCAAGGUUUCAAGUUGGAACACAGCGGACCUUGUGCAUCACCGGUCUUUUAGUCGGCAGUCGGGGAAACAAGGGAUCGGCGCUCCAAAUUCGCUUCGAAUGUCGCUCACGCCACGAUGUUUGACAUUGUAUUACGUCGUGAGUAUAUUGCAGGUCGAGACAUGCUGCGACAGAUCCGACAGAUCUCGCUGGGUUCCUCCAUUCACUCGGAGUCAUGCUAAUUGGAUAAUUCGACAGCGGUGGAUCGAAAAGAAGCUACACGCGCUCGCUUGCAGAGGUCGACAUUCUUUCUAUCGGAGCGCAUCGGGUUCUGCUACGUACCGUAGAAUAGGGUGAGGUACACCGCGGACACGUUGUUCGAACGUCAGAUGUCGACGCCGAACGGAUCCGUGACCAGCGUCCCGGGAAUGAUCCGCUUGAAACCAACUGGAACUCCCUUUGUUCGCUCAGCCGCGGCGUUGGCAUCAUGACAUCCCGUAUCAUAUGGAUCGUUCCAUGCUCAUGCUCAUGCGAAGGCAGGGGAGG